CAGCUUGCCCGUGGUGUUCUGCGCCAAUAGGCACCCGGCCCUCUCACCAUGGCUCCCAAGAAGAAGCCUGCGGACGAGAUCGUCGAACUGCAGCAAAAGCUUGCCGCCAAAGAGAAGGAGAACGAGGCCCUUUCCAAGGACAUGGACACCAAGCAAACCGCCCUCACGGCCAAGCAGCUCGAGCUGGACGACGAGAAGGCAGCAAGAGAGUCAAUUGCCCAGGAGCUGGCGGCCAAGAAGGAAGAGGCAGAGGCGCACCAGAAGGCGGCUGAGGAGCUGCAGCGGACCAUCCACGAGCAUCGGGAGCAGCUGCAAAACCUGCAGAAGACCAACACUGAGAACAAGGACAUCGAGCGGGACAAGGCCGCACUCGAGCAGCGGAUCAAGGAGCUGGAAACCGAGAAAGAUGAGUUGCAGAGAAAGAUACCCAAAGAGAUCGGGGGAGAGGUGGCGGAUGGUGCCACUGCCAUUGCCAGUGGAGAUGUGGGAGUGCUGGACGUGUCCAUAUCUGACCUGGAGUUCGCCAGGCCCUUCAACUACUUCCUCAGUGUGCAGGUGGACGGCAUCGGCCCCAAGAGGCGGAGUGACGUGUCGGCCGUCACCGACAGACCCACCUUCCGCCAGUCGUCCUUCCUCCUGCCCCUCCACGACGCAACGCUUACAGACAUCCCCUCCCGCUCUGUUGACAUCGCCGUAUAUGUCCUCGUGGGCGCCCCGCCAGCUGCAGCAUCAGGGAGCGAUGUGCCGGCCAUCAGGGACGGCGCAGCACGGUUCCUGGGGGAGGGAUCGGUGAGUUUGCGGAAGUUGAACAUCCAGCAGCCGGCCCCGAUUACCCAGGCUAUCACAUUCAUCAGGAAGAGUCAGCAACAGGCAGAGGGCGAUCAGGGCAAGACAAUCACAGUGGGUCGGGGGGUGGUGACGGUGAAGCUGACCAGCAUGCGGAGGGACGAUGCGUGUGAGCUGGAGCUGCCUUCGGCGGCUGACGGCGAGGCUGGUGGCCCUUUGCCGCAGCUGGAACACUCGCUGUGGAUUGCUCAUCCAUUCAGGUAGGGCGUGGGUGUGGAAGGUGUGUCUCCCAUGUGUCUUGUGUCUUGUGUAUGUGUGUGUAGGUGUCGGUUGCGAGCUGUGGUCCGGUCGGCCCGCCUGGCCCCGCCUGUUGGUGCUCCGUCAGCUCUUUCAAAUGUAAGACAAUGUCGUGCCUCUCUGCAGCCCGUAAGACUUGGCUCUCAUCAAAUCUUGUGGGUGGUCAGGUGGUGAUGCGUUUGCUGCGCUAUGACGGGUCGGUCUUAUCGGAGAGCGCCACGUCAGAUGUGCUGGUCACCACGUCAGAGCCGCACACACUGGUCUCAUUCAACCAAGAGGUGACAGAUGAGUGUGUGUGUGUGCAACGGUGGAAGCCACCUGUAUAUGCUCGUGUGUAUCUGAUGUCAGUGCAGGUGGUCCUUCCGCUUCCCCCCGACGCACAGGCCGACGACCAGCGGCUGCAGCUCUCCCUACACGUGCAGUCUGGCAGCGCCUCCCACUCCCUCCUCACCACCUCCCUCUUCCUCAACGCCCUCCCCCCCUGCCACCCACUGCACCUCACAUGCGACCCCUCCCCAUCCAUGUCCAUGUCUCUCGCUCCACCGCCAUCUCUGCUGCUCUCCCUGACCAUGGAACCAUCCCACCACCAGCUGCCCGCCAAGACCCCCGCCCACCCCCCUACACACCCCGUGGAGUUCCGUCUGCACGGCGUGCCGUCGCAUCGCCCCCUCCCUGAGCCGCUCACCGACGUCAUGGCGGUUCUGUCGUUCGACGGCGAUUCGAAAGAUCCCUCCAUCCCGCAGUUGCCGGUGUUGACGCACUAUUACGACGGCAGGCUGGACCUUACGACGACCGUGAGGGAUUACUUUGCCUCCGACAGGCCGGCGAGGCGGUUCGCCACUCAUGUGGUCGACAACAGCCGGACGCCGUGCUUCGAUGGGUACGUGGUGAGGGCGCUGGUAUCGCCAGCUGAGCUGUCGCGUGUGACGGUGCUGCUCUACUGCCGGGGGCCUUCCACUCUCGGUGACGCACAGCUUCCUGACGUGCUCGCGGGGUUUGCCACUGUCGGUGAGGGAGAGAGACAUCGCUAGGAUACCGAGAAACGGUCUUUGUGUGUCUGUGUGUCUGUGUCUGUGGGUGUCUGGAUGGGUAUACGGGUGCAGAUGUGUCCCCUCUGCUCCCUCCCAGUGGGUCAGCGCCCCUCCAGCGGUCCUUCCUGCUGGAUGUCCGUCUGCUAGAGCACCCCACUGCCGCUGCAUCCUUUGAGCUGGAGGCACGGGUGUGGCCGUCGAUCAACACAAUACGGAGACCAUCAGGGGUGACCGUCAUGGCGGGAGAGCAGCAGCCUCACCUGCCACCACCACCACCGCCACGAGACAUAGACAUGCCGUCAGCCAGAGAGAGAGAGCCGCCGGCCGCUGCUGCUGCUGAGGGGCGUCAAGAGCCUGCCAGCAGUGCCCCUGCUGCCCCACCCGGUGCAUCCUCAUUGGCAGCGCCUCUGACGGUAGCUGCCUUCGAGCAGAAGCUGGGCGAGCUGCGGCAGGACCACCAGCUCACCGCCCAUCUCAUGAAGGAAUUCAACAUGAGGUCACCCCAACCGCCACACACUCUCCGACCACUCCCUGCAUCCCGUUCCUGCCAUGUGUGUGUGUGCGUGCGUGUGUGUGUGUGUGUAUGUGUGUGUGUCAGGGCAGCUGCUUUGAAGCAGGCUGGGAACGAUAUAGUUGAGCUGAAGAAGCAGAUAAGUCUCCUCAAGAGCGAGCGGGACAGCCUCAAGGAGCAGCUGAGGGAGGAGGAGGAAAUCUGGGCGGACACCGGCAGCGGCAGACCGCCCGAAGGCGACCCUUUGCAGCACAUACCCCUCGACCACCUUACCAACGCAGAACUGGCCAUCAAGCUCAAAACGACUCUCUACAAAUACAGGGAGGAGAAGGGCAAGGUGGUCGAGAUGCGCAAGCGUCUCGAGGCGGCGAUGAAGGAGGUGGCGCGCGGCCGUGGGCUGCAGCGGCAGCUGGAAGAGAUCGAGAAGGCUCACGUCGAGCAGGCUGCCGUGCUGCAGCGGCUGCAGUCGGAGAACGCCAAAGUGGGGCUAUAUCGGCAGACGGCCAAGAGCCAGGAGAAGGUACGUCUGCUGCCGAUGCCGCCACGCCCACACAUGAGGAUUGGAUGUGUGUGGCGUGGUGUUGUUGGCUGUGCAGGUGAUCCAGAAGCUUGAGAAGGUGCUGGAGUCGUCAUUGGAUGAGGUGCAGCGGUCGCAGCAGCUGCAGCACAACAACGAGAUACUCAAGACAGAAAACUACAGACUACAGGCAGGGACACACUGAAACACACAGAGACACCCCGAGAGAGACACAAGUACCCGAGAGAGACACAAGUACUUACUGUAUGUGUGUCUGUCUGUCUGUGCGUGUGUGUGUGCAGGAGAGGGUCCGUGGUCUGCUGGUGCAGAAGGGCUACAACGACGGGAUCGACCAGGACAUCGCCGAGCUCCAGACACAGAUCAAGGACAGGGUGAGCAUGACCACGCCAAACCAAACCAAACCAAACCAAACCGCACUGUAUACGCCAUCCCUCUACAUGUCUCUCGUGGAUCGCAGGACGAGGAGAUCCAGCGUCUGGAGGAGAUGGUAGAGACCUUCGGUCAGGAGCCACCACCAGGCGCAGCCAGACGCAAGCAGCCCUCGGCGAGGCCACAGGCGCCCCCCGGUCCCGACGUGAGUCGGCUGGACGAGGAGCGGCAGGAGUGGAUGAUGAAAUGCGAACAACUCGAAAUCAGAAAAGCCGCACUCGUAAUUAUACACCCAUUCACACAAAUACAUAGACAGAGAGAGAGACAUGUGUGUUCAGGAGAAUGAGUUGCGGGAGAAGGCGAAGCAUUACGGUCGUGAGCUGUCGUCUCUGAAGGUGGAGCUGGCCAAGCGCGACGCGCAGAUACUCCAUAUGCAGAUGCAGAUACGUGCCAGGGGGGGCGAGCCCGACAUCACUGAGCCCAACAUGACGGGAGUGGGGUUGGGGCAGGAGGGGGGCAUCUGAUGAGGGAUGGAUGUGUGUGUGUGCGGCUGAGUGGGGUAAGUGAGUGGGUGGGUUAGCUCUUGUCGCACAGCACAUUCGUUGCACAAGUCAGUCAGUCAGUCGCAUUGUUGUAUUGUAUCUGCUCAGGACUCCACACAU